UGUAUACUAGUCGGUGAUUUUAUUAAUUCAUUUCUCAAUAAAUACAAUUUUUGAACUGUUUAAUUUAAGAACCUGAAUAAGAUGAUUUCCAAACGAAUUUUAAUAUCAGCGAUUUUCAUAAUAUUUUUGGUCCAAUUUAUAACUUGUCCGACGACCACUGAACUAACAGAUUUAGCUUCACCUGAAACUAAACCUAAGGCAAAAUAUGCAUCUACAUCUAAAUCUGGAGCAAGUAAAGCAGAAAUUACAACUACUGACCCUACGGACCUAGAAAUAGACCAGGAUGAUGAAACUAUGAAAAAAUCAAAUAAAUCAAAUGGCCCAUACAAAUAUCUCUCUAAGUUUAUUCAAUCAAUAUGUUGGCCUCUACGAUACUUUUGGGGAAAAUUAAAAAACCUAUGUACAACAAAUUAACAAUAAAAAACAGAAAAAUCUGAAACACUAGAAUUUAACACUAAUCACACUAAAAGGGAUUUGUAUUUGAAUAAACCAGAACUCGUAAUAUCCAUAAAAAUCCUUUAUAAAUACUAACUAUCAAAACAAACGUAACUAAAAAGAACCAUCUUCAGGAUAACAGGGAAAUUCAAAAGUUUUCAUUUUAAAAACGGCAUGUUAUAUGAUUUUUUUUAUUUAUUUUUUAUUGUUAAUUCAAUUUUGUAAUUUG